AUGGAGCAUCGGUCGGCGGUCACGUGCGCAUACCGGUGCCAGGCGUUGGGUCACUUGCUGCAAGAUCCCAAAGGUUUGGAGGCCGUUUCCUCCUUGCCUUUGGAUGAGAAGAGCAUGCUUUACUUGCAACAAGCCCUGGGUGUGCUGAAAACCGAGCCCAACCUUGAGUUGAUCCUCGACCCCACGAAGUCCGAUCUCACAGAUGCGGCUCCAGAUGCUGCGGCUCCGGAGUUUCCUCCGGAGGAGCAGAGGCGGCUGGUGGCGGAAGACUGGAAGCGUAUUCAGCAAAGGUCGAAGGCCAACAAGAGAGCUACAUCUGCCACCUCCGCAGCGAUCUCCAAGAACGCAGCAGCUCAGGAGACGUCAAAGAGAAAGGGAACCAAGUCCAUGGGCUUCUGGAAGACAUCGAAAGGCGCAAAGGAAGUCAAGGAGAAGGUGGAACAACAGGAGGAGAUCAAGGAACUCCAGGAGCCCAACGACGCUGUUGCCAUGGACUUCCAUCAGCUCUUGGCCAUGAAUGCGGGCAUCAUCGGCGCCAACAUGUCCCACCUGCAGCUGCUCUCGGAUCUCUUCGAGCAGCUCUUGGCGCCCCACGUGAACGCCCAGCCCGGCGAAGCGGAGAUCGCCGCCGACCUCUUGGCGCUGCGGUUCUUUCGCGAGGCGCAGGGGGAACUUCAACUCAAGGACUUCAAGACAUCCAUGUUAGCUUCUGCACGGGCCUUGUUGCCCGAGACCUGGGACACGACCCACGAGAAUGCCUGGAUUGCUGUGUGGGAUUGCAUUGCUUUGCACAUCCGGAGGGCCAUGCCUCUCCCAGGGCGCUACGUGAAACACGUGCAGCGCUUCGUGUCAGGCCAGGAAGAAGUGAAGCCCAGAUCGAGUCGAGUGCUACUUGUAUUGCCCAUGGCUGUGAUGACCAUGAAAUGCUAG